GGCAUACGAAUAGAAUCCAUUUUUGUCAACUCAUACCUGAUUACAUCAUUGUGUUAUGAUGAUAUUGUUGCCCACAUCCUUUUUUUUCUCCAGAUUAAACCCUCAAUCACUAUUAAAUACUUAGGGUGGAUUUUAAGAUCUAUGUAAGCCUUUUCACGUAAGAUACAAGUAAUAGGUCUACAAUCUUUAUUUGUAAUCAGUUCCCCCUUUUGAAAUAUUAUGUAAUGACAAUGGAGAUGAAUCUUCUUGAUUUAUCGGAAGAAUGCAUAGCCGCCGUGAUUUAUUUCACCAGCCCCCACGACGCCUGCCGUAUCUCCGCCGUCUCCAAGUUACGUCGCUCAGCCGCCGAGGCCGAGUCCAACGCCGCGUGGGAGAAAUUUCUUCCCUUUGAUCCUCGUCUGGUGGUUGAUCAUUCUCUGUCUAGGUUAUCUAAUAACCAUCUCUUCCUCCGUUUCUGUGAAUCCCAUCUUCUCAUCGAUGAUGGCAGAACGGUAAAGCUUUUGGAGAGAAGCGGGAAGAAAUGUUGGAUGCUAUCUGCAAGGAAACUAGAGAUCGUUUGGGUUGAUUCUCCUAAAUACUGGUUAUGGAUUUCGAUUCCGGACUCAAGGUUUGAGGAAGUUGCAGCACUUCUAAUGGUGUGUUGGUUUGAGAUCCGAGGCAACAUAAGCUCACGAGAAGAUGGGUGGUUGGAGAUUGAACUUGGUGAGUAUUAUGUCGGUUUUGAUGAGGAGGAGCUCGUGAUGAGCGUCUUAGAGACUAGAGAAGGUGGCUGGAAAGGUGGGAUCAUCGUUCAAGAGAUCGAGAUUAGGCCAAAAUGAAAAAAAAAGUGUUGUGUGAUUCAGUAACGUAGCUCGCAAGUAAAUUCUAGUUUGUUUUUUUUUUUGAAAAAAGUAAAUUCUAAUUUUUUUGAAAGAAUUGAAACUCUAUUCCAAUAUAUGGACAUGUUGAUUUCUGACGCCAGUGUGUGAUCAUGGAUGAUCCAUGAUCUUGGUUAGUAACUUGACUGGAUAAUAUGUUGAUUUAUGCUAUUGUACCAUAACUAACAUUAAACUCCAAUGGGACAAGAACUGACCGAAAACAGAAUGAAACAACACACUCAAAGACUUUUACGAGUUCUAUUGUCUUUCUAGGGUACAUCUAGGUGAGACUUUAGCUGGCAAUCUUUACCACAGAAUCGAGAAUUAACAGGCUUUCGUUGAUUUAGGUUUAUCUUGUUUCAGGUUUUACAAACAGUAAUGUAAUGAGUAGUCACAACAAGGAAGAAGAAAGAAGAUGAAGUAGUGAAGAAACUAUAUAUAUGCUCUGUUUUUAACAGACCUUUAACCGAUAGUCCGAUAGUAUUUGUUUAUUUAAUUUGUAGACCCAUUUUAUUGUAACCUAGACAUAAGCCCAAAUGCAGUUUUAACGAAGUCAACAGACUUACAUCCGUUGAUCUACUGCUUAUAAGCAUUCAUCACUGUUUUAUUAAUCCGGUGUUUACCACUUUAGGCCUGUUCGUUUGCUCACCCAGGUGAUCCAUCUGGGUGAAAAUGCAAAUCGAUGUUCGUUUUGUGCAUUAUAAUGCUACAUCCAGAUGGAUCACCCAGCUGAAUUUUUAAAAACUCCUCUCAAAUUGUCACCCAAAUGAAAGUGAGUCUUGAUUGUGCAUCUGGAUGCAGAUGCAUCUAGUUCAGUCCAAAAUGAUUAAUGACAAAAAUGAUUUUUUGAAAUCAAAAUAUUAUUUUCAAACCGUAAAUUAUAUUUUCUAUACAUUUUUCCGCUAUAACCAAAAAAUACAUUUUCUCGCAAAAACUAAAAAACACACAUUCCCGCUAAAACCGCAAGAUGCGUUUUUCCGCAAAAAAAAUGUAAAACACACAUUUCCAUAAAAACACGUUUUUUGGUCAAACCAGUAAAAUCGCACUUUUCGACCAAAAUCGAAAAAACGCAUUUUUCCGUCAAAACCGAAAAAGGCAUUUUCCCGCCAAACCCAAAAAAAAACGCAU